ACAGUCAUACAGGUGUGUUCAAUGGUUAAGCGCUGUAUGUGUCAUUAUCGUAUACCUGCACUUUACCUGUCGAGGACUUAAACGGCGUCGUACCGACUUUUUAAUAGGAUCGCUCUGCUGGACCAAAGUAGAAUGGAUGGAUUUACCCAAACGUGCUGAAUUAAUGAACAUGUAACUUUUCUUUGUAAGGAUAUAGUUAAUAGAUGGACUUUGAACACCUUUGUGACUAAUUACAAAUAUUCGAGGAAUUUGUUUUGAUUGGUGUGAUUUUCAAAAUCCAAUAUGGCGGCUUUCUCAGGUAGAAAGCGUCACAAAAAUGUGGUUUUUCGUGCCUUAUUAUUGUGUUAUGUUCUUCAAACCGUGCCAUAUUGCUGUGGAUCAAAUAUACCGUUCGAGGACUUAAAAUUGUCUGUGUCGGAAGAUGCCGAAAUCGGAACAAUUGUAAUACGGGAUGACAUAAUUGUGAAAGAAUGUAUACAAAUACUUCAUAUACAAAGGUCAAGACAAGCCCCAUCUCAUCCGUUUUCAUUACAACCAGAUGGAUCGCUAGUCACCAAUUCUUCAUUAAAAUACUUUGUUGGGGACCUUUUUGUUGUUAAACAUCAGAGCUCAGAGUCGUGCUCUGUCUCAUCACCAAAUCUCACGCCCAUCCAUAUCGAGGUGAUCCCGAGUAGGGACGUCCUUCGCUUUCAAAGGAAUGGCUACCGCGGCCUCAUCCCAGCUCGCCCGGUGUAUGGCACCUUGGUCGAGGGAAUCUCAGACCUUUACGCUGUCUCUGACGCUGGGCAUGAGAACAAUGUGGAAUACAAGAUCGUUGGGUCGGACAAUUUCUUCCUUCAGACAUUCUCAAAGGAGGGCCACAUCCAACUUGCUGUAUAUGUUAAACGCCCAUUGUCUCAAACUAAGCAGAGCGAGAAAUUCAUGAUUAUUGCAAUGAAUGCCAAUGGCCAAGAGGGUUAUACACACAUUGAGGUGAAAACCAUUGCAUCCAUAGACCAUUACGCUGUAGCAAAAAUUGAUGACUCAAAUCUCUACUUCAAGCCGACGUACAAUGAACACAAAUCACGCCACCGGCGUCAAACAGCCGUUGACGUAAUUCUUCCUGAUAAAACGGUACAGGAAACUGCAACAGGUACACUAUUCAGCGUCCAAAACGCCACCCAGGACAAUGACAACUACCGCUACACGCUCAAGAGCUCCACCUACCAGAACGCAUUCGCGGUAGACAGCGUUAGCGGCGGCGUUUCCGUAGUUGCUGGUUUUAAACUGGACUACGAAACGUUUGUGCCGUUGAACAACGGUUCUGCAAGGAUCGAACUUACAAUCACUGUGACAGACAGCUCCAAAGCAGAGAACAGCAGUGAAUAUGUUGUUAAGACGCUCCUUCAGCCCGUGAUACUGUCGGACGUCAACGACGAGUCGCCGGUGUUCACCAACGAGUUUUUCCCUUAUUACGCGGUCGUGUCGCUCAACGCCGCCGCCAACAGUCUCGUUUACUCCAUCACCGCUAGCGACCCCGACAGAGACGCCCAACUCUCGCUCUCACAUGAGUUUGAUGGCAAUGCCGGUGAUUUUUUCGACGUGACGUUUAACAAUGCCGUGGCUGACAUCAAACGUAAGGGCCAGCAGCCAUUCACGCAGGACCAAGUGCUGCGAAUCACCAUCAAGGCCACGGACACCGCUGGGGCAAGCUCCCAGGUGACGAGUGCAGUUGUGGAGGUCAAGGUCGGCACGCGGCGCCCGCAGUUCAGCAAGGAGAACGGAUACAAAUUCCAGUUCCAGGAAGACAAUGCCGUCAACCAGAAGAUAACCACACCACAGAAUAGAAUAAAAGUGAAGAGUUUCCAGCCCAACAGCAUAUCUCUGGCAGUUCUAGAUGAGUUCAGCCAGGUGUCCCAGAUGUUCGAGGCACGGGUGUCGGACUCAUCUGUUGGGGGUGUCUACAAUGCUGACCUGCACGUGAAGCAGGUGGUGGACUAUGAGACGAACCCACAGAUCUACAGUCUCACCAUCCGGGCCACAGAGGGCAGUACUGGCCUCACCAGCACCACUACACUUGAAAUUGAUGUCACAGACAAGAAUGAAUUUGACCCAGCUUUUACCAUUUCAACAUACAAGAAAGAGAAUGUCAGAGAAGAUAUUGCCACUGGCAGUGUUCUACUUACUGUUACUGCAAGAGAUAGCGACCUCAAUACAAAGAUGUCAUUUUCUGUUAACAACGACCACUUUAGAGUUGUACCACUGAAUCCAGAAAACACAACCAGUCCAUAUACUGCCAACAUUGUUGUUAACAAAAUACUUGAUUAUGACCGGUUGCCAGUGAAGCUGUACGGUUUUGACAUUUAUGCCACUGAUGAUGGGGACAUUCCUAGGUCAGGAAGCGCUACUGUUCAGAUAUUUAUGACAAAUGUAAAUGAUGAGUCUCCGGAGUUCCCCGCCGACAUGCAGUCUGGCUUGCGAUAUGAUGCGGCAGUCGGCUCUGAUGUCUAUCUGGCCAAAGCCACUGAUGCUGAUGGUGAUAGAAUCACCUACAGCUUUCUUGAAACUUACCAAAAAUUCCGCCUGGAUACAAGCACAGGAAGUGUGACACUGCGAGAGACCAUAGCUUCAACCCAGAGUUCAAUCACACAGUUUGAGUAUCAGCUCAAGGUGAUCGCUGUGGAUGAUGGCUCAUGUUGCGGAAGUAUCACCACACGGAGCAGCACCGGUACUCUCACUGUCAACAUCCUUACCGAUAAUGAGAACCGGCCUCGGUUCCCUGACUGUCAAAGUUUGACACCUCACAUCGAGGAAGAGCAAGCUGAUGCAUUCAUAGUUAAGGUGACUGCACUAGAUUCAGACUUCGGCAGAAAUGGAGAUGUGACAUAUUCUCUUCGUGAAGGCACAGCAUCCCAAUUUAGGAUAAACAGCACAACGGGGGAUUUAUACACGAGGAUAGCAAUCGACAGAGAAACCCUAGGGAGUACGAAAAUAGCUGUGAACAUAAUCGGGACAGAUGGAGGUGGCCUAAAUGGAACCUGCCCACUGUUGAUUCAGGUGGAUGAUAUCAAUGACAAUCCACCAACGUUUACAGAAUCUGAGUUUGUUUUUCCGGUGUUGAAGACAGCCCUUCCUGGAACAGUUGCUGGGCUUGUUGAAGCCAAGGAUAUUGAUAUUGGAGUCAAUGGACAGAUUGUGUAUUCGUUUACUGAUAAUCCUGGAGGUUACUUUCGUUUUGAUGACUCUGGACAAUACAUAGGCAGCUUCAAAGUCAACCAAAGUCUCCCUCUAGAAACACCUCGACUGGUACUGAAAGUUAUGGGUCGCGAUCAAGGCGACCCUGCUCUGUCUUCAUCAGCAACAGUUGUUAUCAACUUAAUAACAGAUGCCGAUGCCCAGCCCCCAAAAUGGCUAGGGGCCGAUAGCAGCUUCCAAGUGAGCGUACCAGAAAACCAUAUUAAGGCCAAUGCUCUGAUUAAUUUUGCUGCAAAUUCUAGCUCCGCAAUGCCAACCCUUAGUUUUGGAGUAACAGACAGCUUUGAUAAACUCUUCUACACAUUUGCUCAAACUUCGAAUGGUCGCAUCCAGGCAGGAUCACUACGACAUCUGUACGACUUUGACUAUGAGAAAGUUACUCAGUAUAUUGUCAGGCUGAGGGCAACUGAUGUGGAAAACCAGCAGGCCAUCAAAAUCAGCACAGUGACUAUCACUGAUGUAAACGAUAAUCAGCCAAGAUUUCUCGGAAUUAAUCCUGACAACUCUUUCCUGGAACUGCGUAUCCAGGAGGGUGACUACACAAAUGCUCCUCAAGAUGGGGAGUUGGUCGACACUAUAAAUGCGGUAGAUGAUGAUGGCACCGCUCCAAACAAUCAGAUUCAAGAGUACCGCAUCACCUCCGAUGACAGUGGCUUCUUCCAAAUAGAUGCCACAUCAGGAAGAUUGACUACUAGAGCAAACAUUGACAGGGAGCAGAAUGAAGUUUACACAAUCCAGGUGGAGGCCGUUGAUGCUGCCCCCUCAUCCUUCCUGCCUAACGGACAACACAAUACAGGUCAGGUGACGGUGAAGGUGAUCAUUGGUGAUGAAAAUGACAAUGCACCAUACUUUGACAAAUCAGUGUAUACAUUUGAUGCGAAUGAAGACAUGCAGAUUGGAACAGUUGUGGCCAGGGUAUCAGCAAAAGACCUAGACUCAGAUUCUGUGAUGACGUACCGGAUCCUGGACCCAAACUCUGGCAAGCCGCUACCGUUCUCCGUCAUUCCCCAGACAGGGGACAUAACUGUGGCUGGUGACCUUGACUACGACGAAGGAGAAAGGAGAUAUGUUUUUGCCAUUGAGGUGUUUGACUUGAAGUUCACCGGACGUACCAAUGUGACAAUAAACAUCAUGGAUGUAAAUGAUAACCCGCCAGUUGUUCAGUCAUACACAUUUGACAACAUCACAGAAAACGACCUCAGUGUUGUUGGCCAAACUCUUGUCAAGGUUCAUGCUACUGAUAAAGACAACAAUGGUGUAAAUAGUUUCUUCUUCGAUCUGAAAUUCACCGAUGAUAUUGGACCUCAGUACUUUGAGAUUGGCCAAGACACAGGAGACUUAAAAAUAAAGAAAGCUCUUGAUCGAGACUAUCCGAAUGGGUUAGCAGAAUUCAAGUUCACUGUAGAAGUAUCAGAUGCCCCAGCAAACCAGAGGCCACUGAUUGGUUAUGGUGAUGUGACAGUGAAGCCCAUUGAUGUGAAUGACAAUGCCCCUGUUUUUUUGGACCAGUAUAUGCAGCUGAGUGUGCAAGAGGAACAGGAUCCAGUGGUUCAGGUUGGCAAAGUUACUGUUUUAGACUAUGAUGACCCUAACCUGGACAACAGCAAGUUUGACCUUUCCCUGCUGGGUCAGACUCCGGACUCCACAAACCCUCACUUCGAGUUGAGGAUACAGGACGUGAGUGCCAUAUCGAGGCUGGACCGGGAGACACAGGACAAGUACUACCUCUCACUGCAAGCCGUGGAUAAGGGAAAUCCUAGCAUGACAGGAACUGGAACACUGACAAUAACGGUCACCGACAUCAACGAUAAUGCCCCGUUCUUCAACCAGUCAUACAAAUUUGUCUUCUCAGAAAACCAGAGAGAUGAGUUUGGGCGCAUUCAGGCAUAUGAUGCUGACAUUGGGGUGAAUGCAGAGUUGACGUACUCCCUGGAUGAGGAUUCAUUCAAGUAUUUCAAGAUGAUGCAGGACCGAGAGGAAAAUCAGGGUGUUCUUACCAUCUUCCAGGCUGUGGAUUAUGAUGACCUGACUAACCUUCAACGGAACUUCAACCUGACGGCGUAUGUCGUCGACUCGAACCCGGCUCACCGGGCCCAGACGUAUAUUGAGAUCGAGGUGACAGACUAUAAUGACGAAGUUCCGAAAUUCGUAGAACCACAGAAGUCUGUGACACUGAGAGAGGACGUGGAGGUGGGAAAAUCCAUCGCUCAUUUUAAUGCCACCGAUAGAGAUGUCAACCCAGACUUCAGUCACUUUGAAUACUAUAUAGCCCAGGCUUCAGACCGCUCAAACAGGUUCAGAAUAAACCAGGAUGGGGAAGUUUUCAUUAGAAACCCCCUGGACUUUGAAACACACCAAGUUCACAUUGUGCACAUCCUGGCCAUUGACAAUAUAAAUGCUUACCCACAGAAUACAGGAACUGCAACAUUGACAGUGUCAGUGCUUGAUGUCAAUGACAACUACCCUGACUUUGCCCAAACCUACACACCCUCUUUGAUGGAAAACAAGGAGUACAAUGCGAACCAACUCCUUGUGUUCUCUGCAAUUGAUGCAGACGGGCCAGGAAACGGGUCCCCUUUCUCAUUCGAGCUUGAAUGCAGUGCAGUGGGUGCCUCCCCACAGUGUGAUUGCAGCAGACAGGGAGCCAACUGCCGAGACAAUGAGAAAGAAAACCGCUUUACUCUCAGUAUGACAGCAAUAAGUGCAACAAUUACUGUGACUGGAACCUUUGAUCGCGAAAAUGAGAAGGUUGUAAGAUUGCCAGUCAAAAUGUGUGAUGUUGCCGGGAUGAAUCGGCAAGACCAGCAGUGUGGUAUCCGCUUCCUAGAUGUCGACAUAACUGACGAAAAUGACAACAUUAAUCAUGAUGGGAACCAGUUUAUCACUGUUUACAAUUAUAAAGGUUUGUUCGGAAACAUUGUGAUUGGAACUGUGGAUGACUUUGAUCUAGAUGACAAUGAUAACGAUAAAGUCUUCAGUCUUCAAAAUGAAGCUGUUUCUGGAAAAUUUGUUAUGAUUGACCCCACGACAGGUGACAUAACCCUCAAGCCUAAGGUUCCAGAAAUGAGUUUCUCCAUAAAGGUUAGCGUUCAGGAUCAGACAACUCGCCCUGCAACCACUACCAAUGUCCGCAUCACCGUUGUGUAUGUCACUGAGGAUGCUGUCUUUAACUCCGGAUCUAUCAGAAUCAAUGGAGUAAGCCCAUCUGAUUUCCUGCACCAGCCGUUUCUGCCAGGUUCAACUACAAACUACCGUGACAGCAUGUACAUAAAGUUCCGCAAACUGCUGGCAGUGAAGCUGUACGGGUCAAGCAGUGGAACAGACGUGGAGAAGGUACAGAUUGUCAGUGUGAUGGGCAAUAGCUCGCACACAGAUGUACGGUUCUCAGCCCAUGGCUCACCAUGGUACCAGAGCAGCAGGAUGGACGGCAUUGUCACGGCAAAUAAACAAGAAUUCCAAGAUACAUUGACAAACGAGGACUUAACAAACACUGGCGAAAUUGACAUGGUUCCUAUAGACAUGUGCCGCUUUGAGACAUGCGAGGGAGGCUGUUUUAACAAACUUGUUGUCAAUGACAACCCGGUUCUGGUGAAGUCUGGAGGAAUGUCAUAUGUUGGUGUUGACACAGAUGUGCAAGGCAGAUGUGGAUGCAGGUCUAAAGACUUUAGUGGGGGUGUAGAAUGUACACUAGGAUACUGUUAUCAUGGUGGAACUUGCCUCAAGGACAGCUGGGGAAAAGUCGGUUGCACAUGUCCCGAAGGGUUUGAAGGACCAAGAUGUCAGAAGUUACGUCAGAGCUUUAAUGGCACAGGAUAUGCCCUGUAUCGACAGCUUGAACAGUGUGAGGAAUCCAGGACCAGCAUCCAGAUACUCACAUCCAAGGCAACACAGCUUAUUUUGUACAAUGGUCCUAUAGCUGACCUAGAGCCCAUCGACCCAACAGACUUUAUCCUGUUGGAGCUGGUGGACGGCUUCCCGAAGCUGCGUAUCAACCAUGGUACUGGGGAAGUCGCCCUCAAUCUCACCGGCAGUAGUAAGAAACGACUCAAUGACAACACCUGGCACACAAUUGACAUUCACAGGAACAAAAAGUAUGUGCGGAUGGUAGUGGAUCACUGUGUUGACAGCACCAUGGUCAACGGUGUGGAGGAUCGGUCAGGCUGUGAAGCGUCUGGGUACACGCGCGGAGAGAACAUUUACGUUAACGUUGUGCAGGUCUUGCAGCUCGGAGGGCGCAUGACCCAGCCCUCAUACCCAGCUAACGUCAUCACAGAAAAGUUCAACGGUUGUAUGAGGAACCUUAUCCAUAAUGCUGAGAUAUAUGACCUGAGCACAGGGGGUCAGUUCAUCGGAUCACAGGAUGGUUGUCCAAGGGAGGAUGAAGCAUGCGGCACUGCGGGAUGUGGCGAGGGUCAAUGUCAAGUGACCGGGGUUGUCGGGGGUCAACUCAAGGGCACCUGCAUCUGUAACCAGGGUUGGAGGAAAUCCACUUCAGACUUAUGUGAUACAAUGGUGUCUGAGUGCUCUCUGAUGACUGAAAGCUUCAUGGACUGGAAAUUGAAGAACACAUUUAAGGCAGCCUUGAACUCAAAGGAGAUGACGAUCAGCUUCCACAUCCGCACAAGAGACACAGACGGACUCGUCUACUCGGUGUCAGACGAGACUACCAGCUCAAAGUUCAUUAAGUUUAUGGUUGUAGGAGGGCGUCUGCAGGUGGUUUAUAACCUUGGCGAUGGGGAGGUCACUCUUAGGUUGUCUGAGGUUGAGGUAAACAAUGGUCAGUACCACCUUGUCAAGCUCGAGCGGUACGGCAAGGAGUUUAUGUUGAGGCUCGAUGGAGGUGAGAGGCAAUUCUACACAGAGACAAUCGGCCCGACCAAUGGCAUGAAGGAGUUCAGAACACGGCAAGACCAGAUCUACGCAGGAGCCACUGUGUCAUACACCUCUGGGUCUCCAGUAUUCACCAGUGAUGACUUCUCAAGCUCAUGCAUGAAGGACAUUCGCUAUGACAAUGGCUGGUUUCCAGUAACGAAUGAAGAGGAGGGUUUGAGCCCUGCAGCAGAGAUAGUCUCCAUAGUGAACACGGAGGCCAACUGUAGCCGUAAUGACUGCCCAGUUGGCAAGUGUACCCCACCCCUCAUCUGUGUACCCUUGUGGGAGGACUUUGCUUGCAGCUGUCCAGAACAUUACAUAAAGAGUGGAGCAAACUGUGAAGAGAUAGAUUAUUGUGCCGACAACCCUUGCUUUGGAGGAACCUGUACAAACAAUGUACCCCCUGGUCUAAAUGAAGAACCAUACAUGUGCACGUGUACGGGAGAAUGGUACGGAAGCUUGUGUCAGUGUCAUCCAUCCUUGGAAUCCGGGGGAGUCCAGUGUAAUAAGGAGACAGAAGAAAAAGCAGUUGUCGGCAUGGCCGGUGGCAUCAUUGCUGCCAUCAUUUUAGGCAUCCUCUUUGCCAUAGUUGCUGUGAUUCUUAUCAUCUACCUCCUCACUUGCCGAAAGAAGGGAGAAGAGAAGGGCGAGCCAUUUGAAGACGAUUUCGAUGACGACAUUCGGGAAAACAUCAUGUAUUACGAUGAGGAGGGUGCAGGUGAAGAGGAUCAGACACGUUAUGACUUGAGUCGCUUGCGGAAGCCAGACACAGGAGACCAUCCGGCAAUCUGGCCUGAUGUUCGGAAGGAUUCAGUCAAGCCCCUGGGCAAUGCUGAUCGGCCAGACAUUGGUGAUUUUAUUGGGGACCGUCUGAAUAAUGCUGAUGAUGAUCCUAGUUCCCCACCAUAUGAUGUGCCUCACAACUUUGAUUAUGAGGGUGGCAACAGUGAUGCAGGCUCCCUCAGUUCUCUCAACACAUCAAGUUCUGGAAGCCAGGACUAUGACUAUCUUAAUGAGUGGGGACCAAAGUUUGCCCGUCUGGCUGACAUGUACAAUAACUAUGAUGAUGCAGAAUAAUGAUCAACAUAGUUACUUUUAUCCUGUUGAAAUGUGAUCUGAAUAACAUGCCUGUGUCAAUAUGUGUGAGCUUUAAAUCGUGUGAACAAAGACUGUGAGUGAGAAGGGGUGUUUUUUUGCUAGCAUUUUGGUACAGACUUUGAAUCUGCAGUGCUCCUUUAUAACACUAGCCUUUCUUUUGCAAUUUAUCUGUUUUGCAAAAUUUAAAUUCAUUGUUUGAAUGAAUUGUUUUGUGUUUUGUUACAGUGAAAUCUAAUGUUUAACAGAAUUUAUGCAGCAUUUGAUAGUCAUAUAAUAUAUUAACAUUCCAGUUUUACAUGUGAUUUUUAUACACCUUGUACUAUUUUUUAAACACUUUAUGACGAUUUGAGAGGCCUUCUUUAUUACAAGACACUGGAUUUAAUACUGAUCAUUCAUUUUAUGAGUACAAAAACCAGACUUGUACAUUUUUCAUGAAUGACUAUUGUACAUUGUUUGAAAAUUGUCUACGCAAUUUUUAAUCAUCGUUUUAUUGAUCAAUCUUAUGCAUUUUCAAUGAACAUUUGCAUUCCAUUAUAUUUGUAAAUAUCUCUCCCAAUUCACUAAUUCACAUGUAUGUAGAUUGUUCCAUAUCAUAACAACUGUGAUGCAUUUUUAAAGAUUUUAAGCUCCCUAUAAUUAGUGUCAGACUGUGGAGUUAUAAUGAAGUGUAUGGCUAUUGAGGUAUAGUGAAGUGUCCAACUAUAAAAAUAUAAUGAAGUGUCAGACUAUUAAUGUAUAAUGAAGUGUCUGACUAUAGAAAUAUAAUGAAGUGUCAGACUAUCGAUGUAUAAUGAAGUGGCAGACUAAUGAGGUAUAAUGAAGUUUCCGACUAUUGAGGUAAAAUGAAGUGUCAGUCUUAUCAAGGUAUGAUCUUUCUCAUUAUUUUUUUAAUACAGAUAGAGAACACCCAUAUUGUUAGAAACAGCAUAUUUUUGUGUAUAAAUGUAAAUAUCAAUGAUGCUUUUCACAUAAUGUAACAAGCCAUUUUGGCUAUAAACAUGAGAAGAAUGUUCAGUUAAUUGUUGUUUUAAUAGUGUCCUCCAUUCAUCCAUUUUUUAUUUUAUUAUUUUUAUCAGUAGUACAAAUAUUGCUAAGCGCUGUUAGAUAGAGAUGUUUCUUUUCUUAUAUUUACAUGUGUUAUACUUCCACAAUACUUUGUGAAUAAAUUGUGAAUUAAAUUCAUUUAAAGGAUUUUGUCUUACAAACAGAGCUUUUUGUGUUGAACUGUUUAUAAAGCUACUGGGUGAUUAAUUUCUUUUACAUCAAUUAUGUGGUCAUUAUUUCCACGCAAACACGCAUGACCUUUUUGUUUUAACAUACAGGAUAUGUGUCUGUGCUAUUGAUUGAGAUCAAAUAGCCAGAAAAGGGAAUUAUGUUUGCUUGAAUAUACAGAAAUCCAAAUGUAUGUACUUGACUAAAAGAUGAUCAUCAUGUUUAAUAAUUAAUAAUAUGUUGUACUUGGAACAAUGCAUUCCACUUAUGGUAACUUCUUUAUUUUACAUUCAUGGGACCUAUUUCUGUUCCUUAUAUAAUCAUAUUUCAUUAUGGAGUUGACCGAAUAUUUUGUGAUUUUUUAACAGAUUGUAUAUUUUGUCUUAAAAUAAAAUGAUAUACAGGUA